AUGGCAUUUACUAUCGAAGCCAGCGUGGACCCUCAAGUUUAUGUCUCAGAGAAGGAAGAGCAGAAUGCGUAUGUUCCCGAGAACUACCAUAUCCCUGAUGGCACUACCCCCAAUCUCGAGACAUAUAUGUACUAUGCCAAGAUUCAACGUGAUAAGGAGGCCCUAUCUGCAAAGAAUGAUACUGAAGGUGGCCUUUGGGGUGGCCUGUUCUCAAGAAAAUCCCAACGUUCUCAGGAAUCUGACAAGCGUUCGGUUGCAUCAGCCAACUAUGAUGGGAAGAACGUAACUCCUCCCUCAGACGAGGGGGGCGCCGCUCUAGUCACCGCAGACGAGUACCGUGCUGCUUCGGGGGCUCUUAGAACGGCCACAUGGGGAAGCGUGUUCUAUCUUAUUACAACUGAUAUUUUGGGUCCUUACUCUACCCCGUGGGCAUUCCAACAAGUUGGAUAUGGUCCUGGUGUAGCUUGUUUCUUCGUCUUCGGCAUUUUGGCUGCAUACGGUGGCUUCAUCCUAUGGAGGCUCUUCUUGAAACUGGACUCGGAAAGAUAUCCCGUCAAGUCUUUCGGAGAACUAGGGCAACGCAUCUAUGGCCGUUGGUUCGGGAAUCUCUGUAACAUUUUGCAAAGUUUGCAGCUCGUGUUCAAUGUUGGGAUCAUUAUUCUUCAAAAUGGCCAAGGUCUUUCGCAGAUGGCAAAGUUUAGGCUAUGCUUCAGCGUCUGCAACGUCGUCUGGACCCUAGCUGGAAUGUUUCUUGGUCAAAUUCGGACUCUUCAGAAGUUUGGCUCGAUCGCCAAUAUCGCUAUCUGGCUGAAUAUCACUGUCUUGAUUAUGACGAUGGCCUUUGCGGCUAACUCACCACCUAACUAUACUGCAGUCGCCUACUCUGGCCCUGUGAUCACUCAGGCUAUCAACGUACAGGCUUUCGAGAACCAGCUCAAUGGUAUCAUGCAGAUUGUGUUCUCAUACGGUGGAGCCAUGAUUUUUGUGGAGUUUAUGGCUGAAAUGCGGCGCCCAAUGGAUUUCUGGAAGGCUAUGGCGUAUUCCCAGAUCUUUAUCUUCAUCGUAUACAUGUUCUUCGGUCUCUUCGUUUAUUCAUACCAAGGCCAAUAUGUUGUUAACCCGGCUAAUCAGGGAAUUUCGACUUAUGGCCUACAGACUGCGGGGAACGCCAUUUCUUUGACCGCUGGUAUCAUUGCCGCCGCAUUAUAUGGCAAUAUUGGUGUCAAAAUCAUCUACAACAACAUCUUCGUGGCGAUCUUUGAUUUCCCAGUGUUGACUGCGACUCGGGGUAAAUACUACUUUGCCAUCUUUGUCAUAGUGUAUUGGGCCAUUGCCUUCGUUAUUGCAUCCGCCAUCCCGCAAUUCAGUGCCCUCUCGUCGCUGAUUGCUGCCGUUUGCAUCUUCCAGUUUACAUACACCUUCCCGCCAUUUAUGAUCAUGGGUUACUUCUUGCAAGUAGAUGCCGCAAAAGACGACGGGGAAUUUGACAUCAACAACCCCUACGCCCACCGUAUUGACUCAUGGACAGAUAUCUCGCGUUGGAAACGUGCAGUCUUCUAUAACACUUGGCACUUCCUCUUCGCCGCGUGGAACUUCCUUCUCACACUCGCAUGCUUGGCUUGUGCUAUCUGA